GCUCCUCUCUCCGCAGUGGUGGUCCUCUUUGUGCAGGUCUCGGGGAGCAGCGAGUGGAAGGAGCGCUAAUCCCCCACCGGGAUUAGCGCCGAGGCAGCUGCGAUGGGGACGGGUCCUGGGGGGGGCCACCCUCACCCCUCUCCCUGCAGUUCGGACGCACCGAGGUGAUCGACAACACCCUGAACCCCGACUUUGUCCGCAAGUUUGUCCUCGACUACUACUUCGAGGAGAAGCAAAACCUCCGCUUCGAUGUGUGAGUAGGGUGGCCGGGGAAGGGCUCGGCCCCGCUGAGGGCGGAACAAAGCACCGAGUCGGUAAUAAAUAAGGAUAAUAGAUAAGAAUACAGUGUCGAAUAGGACGGAUGGGUGGGGAAGCGGGGUUGUGUGCUGGAGCAUCCCUGCAGGCACCAGCUCAGGGCUCUGCUCUCCCACAUCAGCUACAACGUGGACUCCAAGAGCUGCUCCGCUUUAAAGCAGGUGAGCACAGCGUGUGCCAGGGGGACACAUAGUGACCCCAUGGUGGGACACCCCGAGGCUGUGCCCUCUGUAGGUGCUGUUGAGGGGGAACAAGUGCUCCUCGGCAGGCUCUAACGUGCUCUCCAUCUCUCCAUGCCCCAUGGGGACUGGCAGAAGGACUUCCUGGGGCAGGCAUUUGUGGCACUGGGAGAGGUGAUUGGGUCCCAGCGGGGACGCCUGGAAAGACCCCUAACGGGUGUCCCAGGGAAGCGGUGUGGGACUAUCUUGCUGCUGGCCGAGGAACUGAGCAACUGCCGGGACAUCGUCACAAUGCAGCUGUGUGCCAACAAGCUGGAUAAGAAGGACUUCUUUGGAAAAUCCGAUCCUUUCCUCGUCUUCUAUCGUAGCAAUGAGGAUGGCACCUUUACUAUCUGCCAUAAGACAGAGGUGGUGAAGAACACACUCAACCCGGUGUGGCAGCCCUUCACCAUCCCCGUGCGCGCCCUCUGCAAUGGCGACUACGACCGGACGGUGAAGAUAGAUGUGUACGACUGGGACCGGGAUGGGAGCCACGACUUCAUUGGGGAAUUUGCCACCAGCUACCGGGAGCUCUCUCGAGCACAGAGUCAGUUCACAGUGUAUGAGGUGCUGAAUCCCAGGAAGAAAUGCAAGAAGAAGAAAUAUGUGAAUUCUGGCACUGUGACACUGCUCUCCUUCUCCGUUGAAUCUGAGUUCACCUUCGUUGACUACAUACGGGGCGGGACGCAGCUGAAUUUCACUGUUGCCAUUGACUUCACGGCCUCCAAUGGGUUGCCAUCACAGCCCACCUCGCUGCACUACGCAAGCCCCUACCAGCUGAGCGCCUAUGCCCUGGCACUGAAGGCAGUGGGGGAAAUCAUCCAGGACUACGACAGUGACAAGCUCUUCCCUGCCUAUGGCUUUGGUGCCAAAGUCCCACCUGACGGCAAGAUCUCCCACCAGUUUCCUCUGGUGCGCCCUCCCUGUGAGACAGGGCUGAGAGUGAACCCAGACCCCUGGCUGUGGGGCAGAGCUGGUCUUGGGACUGCCCACAGCAGCUUGGCGGGGAGGGGAAGCACCCUGGCAACAUUCUGUCCCAGCGUCCCACAGCCUGGGGGACAGCAGGAGCUGUGGUCCCCCACCAAGUGCCCCAUCUCUAUCCCCCAGAACAACAAUGUGGAGAACCCCAGCUGUGCUGGCAUUGAAGGCGUGCUGGAGUCCUACCUCCAGAGCCUGCGCACCGUCCAGCUCUAUGGUCCUACCAACUUUGCUCCUGUCAUCAACCAGGUGGCUGGGAUAGCUGCCCAGGUGACCGAUGGCUCACAAUAUCACGUCCUCCUCAUCAUCACUGACGGUGUCAUCUCUGACAUGCUGCAGACCAAGGAAGCCAUUGUCACUGCUUCCUCCCUGCCCAUGUCCAUCAUCAUCGUGGGAGUAGGUCCAGCUGAGUUUGAGGCCAUGGAGGAGCUGGACGGUGAUGAGGUACGGUUGUCUUCCCGGGGACGGUAUGCUGAGAGGGACAUUGUACAGUUUGUGCCAUUUCGGGAUUACGUGGACGACUCGGGCAACCAGGUGCUGAGCAUGGCCCGCCUGGCCAAGGACGUGCUGGCUGAGAUCCCUGAGCAGCUGCUCUCUUACAUGAAGACCCGUGACAUCAAGCCUCGCCGGGCAGAUCCCGAGUAGCUCUUCCAUGAGCCAUGGGACUGACUGGUGGGGCGAGGAUAUGUCACCCUUUUUCUGCCGGUGGCCAGGGCUUAACCGUGGAGAUGUGACCCCAUUAAGGAGAUAAUCAGCUGCUAUGGUUGGUCAAAACAGGGCUGGGACCCGCUUCUGGCAGUGAGACCACAGGGCUGGACAUCCUCGGCUGCCCCCUCCUCCUGCCCGAUGUCCAGCAGCAAGGCGGGACUGUCCCUCGACCGUGGCAGCGCGGGCAGGGCCAGCGCGGGGGGAACACGGUGUGUGCGUGUCCCUGGAGAGCAGCCUGGCGUCUGCCCCCGGGGAAGGCUGACCCGGAGUGCCUGCCGGGGGUCUCAGCCCCGCUGCUCCUCGGGGCAGCGGCCUCGCCCUGCUCCUGCCUGCACCCCAUUCCUGCCUGCACCCCGCUCCCGCCUGUGCCCUCUCCUCCGGCUCUGCUAACGCGGCUGGCCGACCUGCCUCGUGCCCUGCCCGCGGCCGGGGCUCCCGCCGCCGGGGGUGCCGGGGCGGAGGGCAGGCGGGUCUCUACCGCGUUACCGACUGUAAAUAAACUGCUCAACCGGG